AUGAGUUCAGAGAUGACAACCAUAGGAUCUCUGGUAUGGGUUAACAAUGGUGGAUAUGAGGAUAUCGUGAUUGCAAUUCAUCCAGAUGUGAAGGAAGAUGCACAAAUCCUUGACAAUAUAAAGAAUAUGCUCAAAGAAGCAACAAAUUAUUUGUUUCAAGCUACUGAAAAAAGGCUCUUCAUAAAAAAUGUUAAAGUCCUGAUCCCAUCUACCUGGUCACUAGGAAGUAAUUAUCCUACAUCAACAACAGAGACAUAUAACGAGGCGGAUAUUAUUGUUGCUUCCCCCCAUCUGAAAUAUGGAGAUGACCCUUAUACUUUACAGUAUGGACUCUGUGGAGAACCUGGAAAAUAUAUUCACCUUACACCCAACUUUCUACUCAAUAACAGUCUUCUCUCUGGUUAUGGAUCAAGAGGUAGAGUAUUGGUCCAUGAAUGGGCUCAUCUUCGAUGGGGUGUGUAUGAUGAAUACAAUGAUGAAAAACCUUACUAUCUCUCACAAUACGGCAAAAUAGAAGCCACAAGAUGUUCUGUGGAUUUAUUUGGAGUUAACAUUAUCCAAACCAGCCAAUGCCAUGGAGAAUCGUGUCCAACACGGUCUUGCAACUUCGAUCCUGAUACAGGCCUCUAUGAACAGGGGUGUGCAUUUCUGCCAGACAAAUCCCAGUUUGUGCGGGAAUCUAUCAUGUAUUCACAGGCUUUGAAUGACAUAACUGGAUUCUGUGAUUCCAGCACCCAUAACACAGAGGCUCCAAAUCUACAGAACAGAAUGUGUAACUCUCGCAGUGCAUGGGAAGUAAUCAUGAACUCCAAUGAUAUCAUCUCCACUCCUACAAGGCCUACCUUCAGUAUUCCAGAGCCCAGUGUCACAAUGCUACAGUCCAAAGACAGAAUUGUUACUCUGGUACUCGAUAUGUCUGGAAGUAUGAGUCUGAAUAAUCGCUUAGACCGCCUACAUCAAGCGGUGGAAGUCUUCCUUACACAGAUUAUUGAAGAUUCAGCUUAUGUUGGUGUUGUCCAAUUUGCGACUAACAAAUCCGUCAUCUCAUCUCUGAAAAAAAUGGAUCGGCAGCUGCGAGAAAACAUAAUUUCAUUGGUACCAUCUUCUAUCUCAACUGAAAUGACGAACAUUUGUCCUGCAAUUCUUGCUGGACUUGAGGUGAAUAAAAACCUACACGGCUCAGCACAAGGCACUGAAAUAGUUCUACUGACGGAUGGAGAAGACAAUUUCGAUACGAGACUAUGCAUUCCUGAUAUAGCAGACAGUGGAUCCAUCAUACAUGUUAUAGCUCUUGGACCAUAUGCAGAGAAAAAGCUUCAAAUUCUUACAGACACAACUGGAGGGUUAAUGUUUUCCGCUUCCGAUAAUCUGGACACUAAUGGCCUGAUUGGUGCCUUCACUGGGGCUUUAGCUCAAAACGGUCAUGAAUCUGAACAAGCUGUCCAGCUGGAAAGCAUGGCCGAGAGCCUCCAACCAUCAGCAUGCUUGAGCGGCACCAUUUUUAUUGACAGAACAGUGGGGAAUGAUACAUUCUUUCUUGUCACCUGGCAAACUAAAAUCCCAAUAAUUCAUUUACAAGACCCAAAAGGAAUGACUUAUGACUCAUCUAGGUUCACUAGUGAUGAAAGUUCCAAGCUGGCAAAGAUCCACUUCCCAGGAACAGCAGAGAGAGGACGCUGGGAUUACAGCCUCUGCAAUUCACUUACAUCAACCCAAGCUAUAGGCAUAACCGUGACAUCCAAAGCAGCUGGCGAAGAUGUGCCACCAAUUCUUGCAAGCUGUCACAUGAAUCAAAAUACAAACACUUAUCCAAAUCCAAUGGUUGUCUAUGCUUCUGUAAGACAAGGUUUACUGCCAGUGACUGGAGCAAAAGUGAUGGCCAUUAUUGAACCAGAAAGUGGGCAGCCAGUGACUCUAGAGCUUUUUGACAAUGGGGCAGGUCCUGAUGCAGCAAAGAAUGAUGGGAUUUAUUCAAGAUAUUUCACUCAUUUUACUACAAACGGAAAAUACAGCUUAAAAGUUCGAGCCAUAGGAGAAGACAACAAAAGCCGUUUAACAGUGCGAAGGAACCGAUCUCUUUAUUUACCUGGUUACAAUGAUCGCGGCAACAUCUUUAUAAACCCUCCAAAACCUCCAGUGAAUGAUGAUGAUCUUCAGGUUGAUGUUGGACCAUUCAGUAGGACAGCUUCUGGUGGCUCUUUUCUGGUAUCCAAUGUUCCAACAGGAGCACAGCCAGAUAUUUACAGACCAGAGAAAAUAUCUGAUUUAGAGGCACGAUUAGUGGAACGCAGGAAUGUAUUGUCAUGGACAGCAACUGGUGAUGAUUUAGACCAAGGACAAGCAUCAAGAUAUGAACUAAGAAUGAACACUGACCUAAGGGGAAUUAAAGAGAACUUUGAAGGCAGCACUCUAGUGAACACUGCUAGUCUCAUCCCAUCACCUGCUGGAUCAAAAGAAAGUUUUACUUUUAUACCUGAAAAUCUUAACAUACCGAACCACACUGCCAUUUUUUUUGCCAUAAUUGCCAUUGACAAAGCAUCUCAGAAAUCUGAUGUAUCGAACAUUGCACAAUCUGUUUUCUACAAUGUUCCACCUUUACCGACUGUGCUACCUACCAAAGCCACUAGUAAAAUCAGCUCUCCAACAACUACAACCAACAAACCAAAGUUCACCACCACAGCUAAACCCUCCAGCAACACAUCCAGUGGACAGGCCACCACUAAACCAAAGAUCACCAGCAUCUCUGCAUCAAAUCCUUCCACUGUCCCUUCUGCCACACUGAAAAUGCUGAAACUGGCUCUAAUAGUAUCUGCAUCACUGAUUUUGUUUUGUUUGCUGGUUUGCAUUAUCAUUUGUAUUUGCUGUCGAAAGAGAGAGAAUCAGCGUAAACAUGUCUGUUAA